UCCUGUGGCCAUUUUUAUCACCCAAAAUGUGCCGCAGACUUUCUCUAUCCAAGAACUGAAGUGAAAAGUAAACAUCUUCAAAAAAUCAUUGCUACAGGGGGGUCAUUUACAUGUCCUGCCCAUAAAUGCUAUAAAUGUAAACAAGCAGAAGAUAGUAUGGUACGUGAACUGCAGUUUGCAGUAUGCAGACGUUGUCCAAAGGCAUAUCACCGUAAAUGCUUGCCGAGGGAUAUUGCUUUUAGUUAUGCAGAGAAACUUGGCCUUGUUCAGAGGGCUUGGGAUAAUCUGUUGCCAAGAAAUCGUAUACUGUUAUACUGCCAGAAUCACAAGAUUGAGAAAGAUCAAGGGACACCAUCAAGAAACCACAUCGUAUUUCCUAAUGUUGAGGUAAAGGCAAAACUGCAGUCUACACAAUCAGGCCAGCAAAGAGUUCUAAAAAGGAAGAGAAUGAUUCCGAAAGAGGUGCAGGAAAGUACAUCUGUGAGGCCAAGAAAUUCAGUUGAAAUGAUGGCUCCUUCGAAGCAAAGUAAAUUUGUAGAUAACAAACCCAAAAGAUUCUCCGUCCAACAACUGGUUUCUACAAAAAGAUUGAGCACCUGUAGUGCCUCAAAAGUGAUUCCAAAGGACAGUUUUAAGCCUGUGAUAGAUCUCUCUUAUAAGCAGCAAAAGGUACUUGCAAGACCAAUUUGUUCAAAACCUUUGCCAGAUGCCGAAGCAGGAAAGAGAUCGAACUGUUUAUAUUUUAACAAAUACAGUUAACUAAGUAGGUGGAGUCAAAGUCUAUUAGUUGAAGAUGUCGGGAUCUGCUUGAUGUUUUCUAUGGCUAAAAUGUCCAAGCUCUGUGAUUAUCUUUUGGUGUAAUUAUCUUUUGGUCUUGAGUUAAUAGGAAAAAAGAACUAAAUUAUGUCCUCCUUUCUUGGCCCCUUUUGUUAGGAAGGAAUCCUUAGUCCAAGUUUGUAAGUCUCUGCUUUUCUAAUUGAAAUGUUUUUUUUCCCGGCAAAAAU